AUGAAGCAAUGUCGAGAACAUAAUAUCAUCCCAGUUUGUUGUCGAAUAGCACCGAAAAAGGACAUAGCUGGAAGCGCAAGUAUUCUAAACAAGGCAAGUCAAAAAUUGUUAUCUAAAGUAAUUGCUGGACACCGAUCGGAUAUUGAAAGGCUCAACAUUGAGAUCCGAAAUGUAGCAAGUAACUUAAAGAAUUUCAUGUUAGAUACAGAUUGGCAGCUGUGCUUGAACAUCUUAGACAAUCGUGCACAUAGUAAAUUCAAAUCAUGCACGGAUAAACAAAAGCAAAAAUUUGAAAAAUUACUGGCCAAGAAGAAUAACUCAAUGUCAUCUGAGUAUCCAAACGUCACUGAAUGUCAACCUCAAGUGACAGCAGUUGUCAAUCUGUCAAAACAAAUUCUUGAUAACAAAACUAUUGAGGUACUGAAUAGAGGUUUAAACUUUGCUCCUGCGCCGCAAAAAAUACCUUGCGAAGAAAUAAUAAGUCAUGUGGAGGAUACUUUAUUCAAAAACAACAUUCUUAAAGAAGACGCGGAGGCGAUUCGGCAAGACAUAUCUUGUGUACUACGCACUUGCAAACCGCCGAAACCUAACAUCUCUCGCUCUGAGUCUAUCGCUUUAAAACACCUGCGAAAGAAUGAAGAUAUAAUAGUACUCCGAGCUGACAAAGGAAACGCAACGGUUAUAAUGGAUACGUCAGAUUACAACAACAAAAUGUCGGAAAUACUGUCGGACGAAAACACCUACAAAAAAGUCGACAAGGACCCAACAAAUAAGAGAGCCCGCCACCUCUGUGAUGCUGCCCACCUCAGCGGGGAACUGCAGCAUGUCAAGCGAGUACUACGUAACAAUAAGCUGCAGGCGCCUCCACAGCAUCACAGGAGUCGAACGAAGCCACACACAGUUGAAAGACAACCGGCCUACCUACCAUAUGUGAAGGGAGUUACUGACAGAAUUGGAAGAAUCCUAAGACGAGCUUCAAUUAAAACUAUAUAUAAGCCGCAUAAGAAGAUAAACCAAUUCUUGAGACCAAUUAAAAGUAAUAUUCCUCUACAAGAUGCAGGCGUGUACAAGUUAAACUGUGACUGUGGUCUCUCAUACAUCGGCCAAACAAAAAGAAGCAUUGCUAACCGACUGAAGGAGCACAUUGCGGAUAUCAAUCAUCGGCGUCACAAGAAGUCUGCGGUAUGUGAACACACACUGGACAACAACCACUUCAUAAGAUUUGACCAACCACAAAUCCUUGCCAGAGAAAAUAAAUUUUUUCCAAGACUUGUGCGCGAGGCUAUUGAAAUUAAAAAACAUCCAAAUUUCAAUAGAGAAGAUGGUUUGAAACUUUCUAACACCUGGGAUCCUGUUAUUAAGAAUUUAAAAUCCCAUGUCAAACGUACCAAAAGACUAGAAGACACGAUCAGCCAAUACUGCCAACAUCCGGAAAAAUACUCCAGAUACCAACUACGGAGGAAUAGGUGGAGGUAGUUCACAAAUAACAAUUUUUGAAUGACCAUCAAGACGUACAACAUCUCAGUCUCCCCGUGACCACGCUCGCUGUAAAGUGUUCGAAACGUCGGGAAAAUAAUAGAAUGAAUAAAUCGCGUUUAA